GCGCCCGGCUGGUCCCCGGCGUGACUCCCGCGGGAGAAGCUCCCGGCCCCCGGCUGCAGCACCAUGAACAGCUCCCUGGCUCCGCAGGUGCAUUUCGCGGGCGGCUCUCAGCCCCACGACUCGCGGGAGUGGAAGGCGGUGAUCCCCGCUUUGCUAGGCGUCAUCUGCCUGGCGGGCUUGGCGGGGAACGCGUGUGUCAUCGGCAUCCUGCUCUACAACGCCAGGCGAGGGAAACCCUCCCUGAUCCACUCCCUGAUCCUCAACCUCAGCCUGGCGGAUCUGCUCCUCCUGCUCUUCGCUGCGCCCCUGCGGGCAGCCGCUUACUCCCGCGGCGCCUGGACCCUGGGCUGGUUCGUCUGCAAAACCUCCGACGGGUUCCUCCACACGUGCAUGGCCGCCAAGAGCCUGACGACCGCCGUGGUGGCCAAGGCUUGCUUCAUGUACGCCAGCAACCCGGCCAAGCAAGUGAGUAUUGAGACCCGCACGAUCUGCGCGAUGCUGCUGGCCACGUGGCUGGUGGCCCUGGUGAGCUCCCUGCCGCUCUGGCUCUUCAGCGCCCUUCGGGAGCUCGCGGCGGGCUCGCCCGCGUGCCUCGUGGCCGUGCCAGCCCCCGCCCGGGAGUUCAUGGCUGCCUUUGUCAAGCUCUACCCCCUGCUCGUGUUCUGCGCGCCCCUGCUCUGCGCUUUCCUCUAUUUCUGGCGCGCUUAUGGCAGGUGCCAGCGCAGGGGGACCAAGACCCAGAACCUGAGGAACCAGAUCAGAUCCAGGCGCCUUACAAUCAUGCUGCUGAGCGUCACUGUCACCUUAGCCGUGAUGUGGUUGCCGGAAUGGAUAUCCUGGCUGUGGGUUUGGCACCUAAAGCCAGCAGGCCCUUCUCCCCCUGAAGGCUUCCUGGCUCUGACCCAAGCCCUUAUGUUCACCAUCUCUUCAGCCAACCCUCUCAUCUUCCUGGUGAUGUCUGAGGAAUUCAGAGAGGGCUUUAAGGGCUUGUGGAAAAGGCUGACCCUGAAAAAGUCUCUCCCUGCCACAGACAACCAGGAAAUCCCAGCUGCUAACUCUGAGGUUCUCCCCGAUUCGGUCCCUUCUCCAGAGCCAGUGAUUGCUGAGCAAGAGAGAGAACUCCCAGCUGCCCCUCAGGCCUUAGAAAGCCUGGAAAAGAAGGAGAUGCCUGUCUUUCCAGACGUAGAGCAAUUCUGGCAUGACCGAGAAGCAGCCCCUGAUACUCAAGACAAUGACCCUAUUCCUUGGGAGCACGAAGAGCAAGAGACAGCAGGCUGUAAUCAAUAAAGUGGUCAGAGAUUAGAAAACUACACAAGUUUUAACCAGACGAAGGGUCUUGUCAGUAUUGUUUUGUUACUUACCAGUGUGCUUAAGCAGAUACUGAAGACCUGCAAAUAAUGUUACUUUGAAAUUCCUGUGCUCAUUAAAUGUUUGGUUUCCUAAUCUGUUACAAUAUUCAUACUUGCAGUAUUGUAGCCCUGUUGGUCCCUGGAUAUUGCAGACUUGAAGAGCUCUGUGUAAACUCCAAAGCUUGUCUUUCACCAACAGAAGUUGGUCCUGUAAAAGGUAUCACCUCACCCACAAUAUUGGGGUGUAUGUAU